AAAUUAAAUUCAGCCAUGUCAGCUAUAUUAAGUUUUAGAGGUUCUAUUUUUGUUUAAAUUGACACUGGUAGAGACCUAUUUUCAGCUUUUCUGAUAAUUGUCAUACUCACAUGGAUUAACAAGCAGUGACGAAUUCGCUGGAGUUGAUUGAUCAAGGUUAUGUCUUUGUUUCUGGGCCCCCAUUGGAUUCAUCAUCAUCUGCCGGUGCCUCUAUGCAUACAAAUAAUAGCAUGCCAAUGAUGUCAGGACAAGCUGCAGGGAAUGUGCACUCUAGACCAAGUGCCCCGGUUCCCAUUAUCGGUUCUGCAAUCAAUAAAGUAGGUUGUGUAGGAAGUGUGGAUAGCCACACAUCUGCCCAUGGUACAUCACAAGGAUCAGCGGAUAUAGCAGACACAUUGGAGCAACCAUCAAGUGAUUGCCUAAGGAGGAUUGAGUCAUUGCAGCAUUGCGCUAGUGCUAUAACUGAAUUAGUAAAUGAGAAGGUAAGUCACCGAUCAGCACUAUGUUUAGGAAGUAACAUUCUAUGGAUUAUGUAUUUUGUCUUAUGGGCAUAGUCUGGUGAUUAACAAUUACGGACUACUUGUUUUUGUUAUAAUGCAUCCAAUUAGUGUUGUAUAGUGACUAUAGUCAGCAGUAACACUUUUUUAUAUUGAUUUUUACUUUGAAAAUACACUAACCUUUAAGCCCUUUAGAAAAAAAAUUAUUAAGCUAUUUGAAACUUCAACGAAAAUAAUUUGAUCUUUCUAUAUGUUAGUUGAAAGUGGUCAUAUAAUAUUUAAUAUCUUAUGCUUCAUUUUUAAAAGUCUGAGGCAGGCAUAUAUCUGGAAGCGUUUUCAAUUCAGCUUGUCGUUCUUGCAAUAUGGAAGCAAGCCUUGCACAUAUGUCAUGCUCAAGCAGCGUCAGCAAUUGAAGGAAGCCCAACCCAACAUGUUGCUAAACUGGGUCAAGGACUUGUCAAUGUGCACAAGCCGGUUGAUGCUUUCUCUAACACUUUGGUGCCACAGGAUAUCUGUUUUCAUAUAGAAAAAUCAUUUCUAAGUGAAGUUCAGAAUGCGGAUGAGCUUUCCAAAUUUGUUGAGCCCGGUAAUACGGAUGUGCCAGAUGCAAUGGAGAUAAUAUUCCAAUCUGCGCUAGAAAUGGGAAGGAAAGGGGCAGUUGACGAGUACAUGGGCCGAACAGAAAAUGCAGUGUUGUUUUAUUCAAAGGCAGUGCAGUUGCUAACGUUCCUUCAAGUUGAAGCAUCGUCUCUCAUUCUUAGCCCACCAUUCAACCUCACUAACACAGACCGGUAUAGGCUCCGGAGUUAUAUAGAUGUCCUUAAAAACAGGCAAAGCGUUUCAAGGUCUCAAAUCAUGGCUCUCCUCAACAUUGAAGAAGACAAGGUCUCAACCAACUCUGACUAGCCUCCAAAUCAUGCCAUUUUAUACUCUUCAAAAUGUAAGAAGUAUUUGUUGUGUACAGUUAAUUCUUUAAUUUUGUGCAGUUCUUCUAUCAUGGUUAACCUAUGAUUCAAGAAUCUAACAUCACUAAACUACCCUGCCUGCAAUCCAUCAUCAAAGAAAGCUUGAGGUUGCGCCCACCCAUUGUAUUUCUUCUGCAUCGUAAGGCAAACACAAAUGUUGAACUGUACAACUAUGUGUUGUCCAAAAAUUCCCAAGUCCUAGUAAACUUAAUGGGCCGUGGGGCGAGAUCUUAAGGUUUGUGAAAACUCCGAAAUAUUUUCUCUUGAUAAGUUUUUUGACAAGGAAAUCGAUGUCAAAGAUAGGUAGGGAUUUCGAGAUCCAAAGGGUAAGAGCUCAAAAUCCCUACCUUUGACAUCAAUUUCCUUGUCCAAAAACCUCUCGGUACAAAAUAUUUCAGGGUUUUCCCACACCUUAGGAUCUCGUCCUAUCCUAUAAGUUUACUAGGACUUGGAAAUUUUUGGGCACCACAUAGUUGUACUGUUCAACAUCUAUGUUUGCCUUACGAGGCAGAAGAAAUACAGUGGACGGGUGCAACAUCAUCAGGUUUACUUUGAUGAUGGAUUGCACGUAUGGUAGUUUAGAGAUGUCAUAUUCUGAAACUAGGAUCCAUUUGAAUCCUCUCCUCCUGAUUAACCUUAAAUUCUCAUCUCCUAGAUGUCUUUUAAGUAAUCUAUUUGGCCUUUAAAAUUUGGGAAGCAUCAAUGGCAUGUAAUUAGAUAGGACUAAACACCAAAAAUGGCAUCAAAGUUGAUAUCAGUAUUCUCUCACAUAUAAUAAUUGCUCACCUUACCAACAAUAAAUGUCUAUGAAAAAU